UUGUUUGCUCAUUAUUGUGCCGUUUAAUCAAAUGCCUGUGUAAAAAUAGCAGGUUUGCCAGGCAAUAGUCUUUAGCGCGUUCGACGGGUGAGGGUGGCGGAUGGUGGAGCCUUGUGUUGUCUGCUAAAGAGAGAUUACACGAGGCUGAGAUUAAGCGGAUUCUUCCUAGUGACUGUCGUGUGCUGGCCGUGCAAAAUUGGAAUGGACCCCCGGAAAGUGUCAGAACUCAAGGCCUUCGUUCAGCUGUGCAGCCAGAAUCCCUCAGUCUUGCACCUACCUGAGCUUGAUUUCCUACGCACUUGGCUGACGGGGAUGGGAGCUACAAUCCCACCACCAAGCACAAAGGGUGCACCAUCUUCAUGCCCAAGGACCGAGUGUCCUUGUUCUGGAGCCUCUGCGCCCACUUCAGCGCCAGAGGAACCUGUGUUUCCAGAGAGUGAGGAAAGUGAACUAGAGAUUGAUGAUGAGGGAGUGAUCGAGCCUGACACAGAUGAGCCGCAAGAGAUGGGAGACUUUGAGAAUUUGGAGGUGACUGAUGAAAUGAUGGAUCAGGCGAAUGAGAAGAAGAUGGAGGCCAUCGCAGCACUGGGAGAGGGGGAGCUGCAAAAAUCUCUGGAACUGUUCACCGAGGCCAUCAAGCUUAACCCGUGCCUCGCCAUCCUGUACGCCAAGAGAGCCAGCGUGUAUGUGAAAAUGCAGAAGCCCAAUGCAGCAGUGAGAGAUUGUAACCGGGCCAUCGACAUCAACCCCGACUCUGCCCAGCCCUACAAAUGGAGGGGGAUGGCUCAUAGGAUGCUGGGAAACUGGGAGGAGGCAGCACGGGAUCUGGCCACAGCCUGCAAGCUGGACUAUGAUGAAGAUGCCAGCAUGAUGCUGAAGGAGGUGCAACCUAAGGCAAACAGAAUUAUCGAGCAUCGGCGCAAGUAUGAGCGCAAGAGAGAGGAGCGGGAGAUCCGUGAGAGGCAGGAGAGAGUGAAGAAGGCCAAGGAGGAGCACGUGAGAGCACAGAGGGAGCAGGAGGCCAGGCAGCAAGCAGGGGGGACCCCCGGGGGAUUCCCAGGUUUUCCGGGGGGAGCUCCGCCCUUCGGCAUGCCAGGCCUUGGAGAUCUCCUGAAUGACCCUGAGCUGCUUAUGGCCAUGAAGGACCCGGAGGUAAUGGCAGCCUUCCAGGAUGUUGCCCAGAACCCGGCCAACAUCACCAAGUAUCAGAACAACCCCAAGGUCAUGGCUCUCAUUAGCAAACUGAGCACGAAGUUUGGGGGGGCCCAGGCUUAGACAGUUACACCAGACAAAUACAUGCUCCAAUAUGGUGUGUGUAAUGGAGAAUAAACUCAAACCAGACUCCUCAAAGGCUUUUAAUUCUGAAGUAGGGCCUCCACUUAGGGUUGGGGAGGUUAGUGACCACACUCCAGACACACCAGCACACAGAAAACGAGAACUCGCAUAUUCCUCUCAUCCUGGCCUACCCUCCAAAAAGAUUUUUGUCAGGAGCCAAAAUGGAUCAAAUGCGUGUUUGAUGAGUUGUUUAGUAUAACAUGGCUCUUUUAUGCUAGUUUGGACAUCUGUCAUUUAAGGUUGUUUUGAUAGUUUGACCAUUUAAGAUUACAUACUUGUGUAUCCAACAUGAAUUGCAUUGUCUGUCUUUCCAGUUCCAAUAAAAACACUUUAGGUUUUUCAAUGUCAUGGAAAAAGGAGUAAACGAUUAAACAUUGUGAAGUGGU